UGAAAAGCUGAAGCACCAAACGCCAAAAUGAGUGUGACAUCCUGGUUCUUGGUGAGCGGCACCGGCAUUCGGCACCGGCUGCCCCGGGAGAUGAUCUUUGUCGGCAGGGAAGAUUGCGAGCUGAUGCUUCAGUCUCGCAGUGUGGAUAAGCAGCACGCGGUCAUCAACUACGACAAGGAGAAAGAUGAGCAUUGGGUCAAAGAUCUGGGAAGCUUAAACGGGACUUUUGUGAACGAUGUACGGAUCCCCGACCAGAAAUACAUCACGCUGAAACUGAACGAUGUGAUCCGCUUCGGCUACGAUGCUAACAUGUAUGUGUUGGAACAAAUCCAGCACAAGGUCCCAGAAGAAGCAUUAAAGCACGAGAAAUACACCAGCCAGCUUCAGAUGAGUUUUAAAGGACUGGCCAUGAAACGGGCGGAGCACCUGAUGGAGCGCGCGGGAGAGGCCGAAUCACCGCAAGCCAAGCUGGAGAAAGGCGACAAGAAAGCAAUUACAGAGACAACAAUGAGUACAUACCGCACACCCCUUUACGGCCAGCCAUCAUGGUGGGGUGAUGACGACGCCAACAAUAAGCUGGAGAGCCCGGAUGAUAGGAGGCAAGAAGAACAUUAUUCAGAAAGAACAAAAGAAAUAGGCCAGCAUGAAGAAGAAAUCAAUGGUAACAUCACUGGCUACAGAGAUUCCCAAGGUGACUCUAUUUAUGCCUUCCGAAGAGAACCUAGUUAUUUCGAAAUCCCGACGAAAGAAUUCCAGCAGCCAGUGAAAUCUCCAGAGGCACAAGUCCACGAGAUUCCCACCAAGGAUGUUGACCCUGCGGUGCCGCCCGUCGUGCAAAGCCACGCCUCUUUCACCAUCGAGUUCGACGACUGCACGCCGGGCAAAAUCAAGAUAAAAGAUCACGUCACCAAAUUUUCGCUCAGGCAGAGAAGGAACUUCGGCAAGGAAGCUGGCCACGCCGAAAUGAUUUCGGCGGAGAACAAAGUGGCUGACUGGCUGGUCCAGAACGACCCGUGCCUCAUGAGAAGGCAGGCUGCAGGAGAUGACGUGUAUAGCACCAAAAGCGAUCUCCCAGUGCACGUGAGAACUCUGAAAGGUAACAGACAUGAGGACGGAACGCAGAGUGAUUCGGAAGACCCAGUCGCACCCGAACCUGAGAAGGAGUCGGUCGUCCACGACCAUGUGGGUGAACAAGCCAAACUCCAGCGGCAAAUCCGGCGUGACCCGCAGGAAAUGCUCCACAACCAGCAGGCGUUCGUCAUCGAGUUCUUUGACGACGACACUCCUCGGAAAAAGAGGUCGCAGUCCUUCACGCACACUGGCCACCCUGCCCAAAACGAAGUGGAUCCCGCUCUGAAGACCAAGGUCGAGAAACGCAAGAUCACCGUUCCCGCUGAGAAACCAGGGAGUUCUGCUUCAGCGUUGCUCCUGGCGCCUGUAGGGACUAAAGGGCCAAGCAACUCUUUCAACACUCCGCGAGCUGGCUCCUUUAAGAGAGAGAAGACAGAGGAACGGAUCAGCUCUUCCUCAUCCUCCACAUCGAGGUCAUCAGUAAAAACUCAUGGCAGCGCCGGGCGGAAGUCCAAAAUUUCGCAGGAUUUUGCUGCCGAGUACCUGAAAGAGAGCUCUCAAGCGGUGAAAGCCGUGGAGAAGCCCCCUCCCGUGCCCACGACACUUGCCCCGUGGUCGGUAGUACCCUCGCCGCCUGAAACUGUCCCUGCACUCGCUGUCGAUCCUAACUUGGUCAAAGCAAGGAAGCACGAGGAAGAGGACAGCCUGAGCGAAACGGGCACGUACACCAUCGAGACCGAAUCACAAGAUAAAGAAGUGGAAGAAGCUCGGAAAAUGAUCGAUCAGGUUUUUGGUGUUUUGGAAUCUCCUGAAUUUACCAAAAUGACUUCGGCAGCCUUCAGGCCAGUUAUUGGUGAAAAGGGUGAAAAAGAAGAGCUGGGGGCCCAUCCUUUGAUCAGCGAAAAUGGCUCGAACUCUAGGGUGACCAUGAUGCAGGUCAUUGCUUCCAAAGUGGCGAGCGGACAUCACACGGAGAUGCAGUUGCCGCCAGCUUCUCAGGGUGGUCAGAAAUGGGUGUCGAGAUGGGCAAGCCUGGCAGAUAGCUACACAGACUCAGGAUCCGCUCCAGGACUUGGAGAUGCCCAGCAGCAGGUCCCCGUCUCCCAGGCUGGCACUGACAGGGAUUCCAGUCCCAAAGUGGGAGAAUCUGAGACCUCUAUGGCUUCACGGACGAGGCGCCUUCUUCCUCCGCUCCCGCCAGGUGACAAGUCUGAAAGUCCAACUCCAUCCAUUUUAAUUUGCCCGGAAUCCUAUUCUGACGUUUCCCCAAGGAAUGCCAUGAAUGACCACAAGGCCGAGAUCUAUGUUGAUCCUUCCGGUCAGCUGCUCAUUCAAGAAGAUCUCGACCCCGACAGCCUCAGCGAUGCCAGCAAAUCCGAUGACGGUUUCUGCUUGGAAAAAGGAAGGAAAUGCCAAGACAAGCAGGAGCAAGUGAGGUCUGACCAUGGGAAAUCUCCGAACCACCAACAUGCUGUGCCCAGGCUUUCAAGCCUGAGAGCUUCAAGCGAUCCGUUGUCCACUUCGUUUUAUAUCGGGGAUGAAGAGGAGGCAGGAGUUCCUUCCAAGCUCUCCCCAAGCAGCUCUCGUUCUCGAGCAGACAAAGAGGCUGCUUUCCAAUCUGCAAAACCAGCUGUUAAAGGCAUUAGCAAUAGCUACGCUAGCUCGAAUGGAAAAAUGGUUAUUUCCUUACACUCGAGUCUUCCUCUUCAAGAACAAGAAGCAGCCACAAAAGAAAGCACGUCCUUUGUCCGGCAGGAAAGUUUUACCAAAGAGAAGUCGAGCAGCAGCGUUUCUCAAAACAGGCUGCCCCAUAUUUCCAGCCACCCUCUGCUUAAAGAUCUCGAUGUUGCACGAGCAAACCGCAUGGACUAUAAUCCGGACACUCACCUUCUUCUUAAAGACACCGAAACAGCUCUGGCAGCACUGGAAGCCAAAUUACUCUGCCAGACCCACCAGCUGGAUGAUCCAGAAAGUGCCCCGGGGCCAUUGGAAGACUCCUUAUCUGGGGACUCCGACGUGGACACGGCAAGCACCGUCAGCUUGGUCAGUGGUAAAAACAUCCCCACCCAUCCACCAAAGCGUAAAGCUGUGACGCCCUCGCAAAAAGAGAAAUCUUCUUCCGCUCCGUCAAUCCAAGAGCAGAACAUUCAACUGAGCGCCCGCGAAAGGCUUUCAGAGAAGCGCAAGACUGUCCCUCUGGAGUCUGGAAACAAAGGCGAAAAUGCGAAACGUUUCCAGGUCAAGCGUAGUACAGGGACUGGAGGGUCUCAGGAUUAUACAGAUGACGAACGCAGUACCAGCCUCCCGUAUUUGCCAGCAAACGAAAUCGUCUCCUCCGAUCAAGAGCAGUCCGUCUCGAGGCCUAUCACCAGAAAGAAGCCUUUCUCGCCGUCCACCAAAGAAGAACAGAGCAAAGUCACUCCAACGGUGCAGAAGAUUCAACAAGUUCUCACAAGGUCAAAUAGCUUAUCUACCCCAAGGCCCACGAGAGCCUCGAAACUUCGGCGCGCACGAUUGGGAGAUACCUCAGACAACGAGAGUGCCGACGCUGAGAAAACAACAUCUCACCACGAAGGGACAGCUGCAUCUCCCAAACCACCCAUUGAGCCCAAGAAGCUUUCAAGGCUUGACAUUCUCGCCAUGCCAAGGAAACGGGCAGGAUCUUUCAAUGUUCCGAGUGAUUCGGAGAGUACGCCACCAAGACCGACCUUCUCCGGGCGCAGCGCGGAGUCGUAUUAUGCCACCCGAAAGCCACCUGUCUCGGAAGCCAGAAAUGCCGCGAGGAAGACGGCUGCGGCGAUAGCUGCGUCAAAGCAGCCUUUUACCCGAACACGCUCCAGCGGUAUCAAAUACUCCUCUUCUUCCACUUCGAGGCGGCGGCAGCAGGGCUCAGAUUAUACCUCUACUUCCGAGGAGGAGUAUGGCUCAAACCACAGCUCCCCUAAACACACACGCUCCCAUACUUCAACAGCCACCCAGACGCCCAGGCCGCGAGGCGCCGGGCUGAGCAAACAGAAGCGCAGCAGCAGCCGGGAAACCGAGGACGAAGACUACGACGAGCGCGACCCCUACCACUUCAUCACGCAGACGGCGGAGAUCGCGGAAAUAGCCAGAUUAAGCCAGACUUUGGUGAAGGAUGUCGCGAUCCUGGCUCGAGAAAUUCAUGACGUCGCCGGGGACGGAGAUUCCCAGAGCUCCUCGGGACCAAGCACCUCCCUCAGUUCCGUACCGAAUACCCCCGCUUCUACCAUAUCAGCAAGGGAAGAGUUUCAGCUGGACUUUUUAUUACCUAUUUCUCAUACGUCUUUACGGGCAGCAAUUCCAUCUCAGCUGGUGCAGCACAUACCGGAAGCGAGCCUGAACUACCAGAAGGUGCCUCCCGGCUCGACGGGAUUAGAUGAUUUCGACCAAAAUAUGAACGAUAGCCGGGAAGAGGAUCUCACCAGAAGGACAAAGAUGAGAAACAGGGAUGAGGUAAUCUUUGACAACCUGAUGCUCAACCCAGUUUCCCAGUUAUCUCACACCAUCCGUGAAAACACAGAAAGCCUGGCUGAGAAAAUGAAGCUUUUGUUCCAGAAUACCGAGCGGACGUGGGAGGAGAUGGAGGCCAAAAUUAACUCUGAAAACGAAGUGCCAAUUCUGAAGACCUCAAACAAGGAAAUCAGCUCAAUUCUGAAGGAGCUAAGAAGAGUCCAGAAACAACUUGAAGUUAUAAACGCCAUCAUUGAUCCCAGCGGGAACUUGGAUAUGAUCGCCAACAAUAAAACCUCUUCCGCGACCACCCAAUCUGCGGUGGCUAAAAUCAGGACUGCUAACAACCUUUCCGGGGCCCGGCUGGAAGCGUUGUCCCCCAUCAAGAAGAGGAAUUGCACACCGAAAUCGAACUUUGGCUCUUCUAGUCUGCAGGACGCAAACUUUGUUCCGGACGGGGAGAAAUAUGUGAUCUAACAGAAUAUUUUCUAGCGCUUAUCCUCCUGUAUGUAACUUAACCGUGGCGUUAGUAUUUGUGUAUGAGUGGCUGUGGAUAAGUCUGUAUGGAGCAGUUCUUUAGAUUGCUAACCCAUUGCACAAAAGAAACGAAAGGAAGGUACAAUCUAUUCUAUGUGGGGGUGUGUGGCAGGCCUAUGUAUAUGCCUUUAAAAAAAAAAAGACUAGCACUGUGGACGAGCACAUAUUCAGCAUAGAGGCAGAUUCUGAUUUUUAACAGAAAGGUACCAAUGUGUAAUUCCUCCAAUGUGCCAU